AUGUCGAGUGAUCGAAGGUAUACUAUAUUUCCUUUGUAUGUUUUCAAUUAUGUACAAAUCAACGUUUCAAGAAACCUAUAUUCCGCGAAGAACGUUAUCUCGAAACUUCAAUAUAAGAGAGUUAGAAAUGAGGAUGAAUUAUUGAGACUGUCAUUUUUAAGAGGAUAUGUCAUCAUUUGAAGAGACAACAGACGGGCCUUAAAAGCUCUUCAAAAUUUUUCAAUAUUUUCAAAUUUUGGAUAAGGAGAACUUCCCUGAAAGAAACAAGGAGAACUUCGACCUAAGCCAAUUCUUCCUUGUCGUACCGUACGCUAUCUAAAUUUCAAAAUGUUAUCUGAUCAAUAUAAAAUCUGAAAAUGUUAUUUUUAGAUUCUACAAAACAAGGACAUCUUCGAUUCUUGCAACUUUAUUACAAGAUGAAUAUGACAAAAGAGUCAGACCUGAUGAAGAAGGUAAAUGUCGACGUUUCCUUAAAUUAAUUAAUAUUUCAAUAGGUUUGGGUUUUAACAUCCUUAUUAUUUUACACAAAUAUACAGUAAAACAAGUGGGAAAACAGAAAACUAGCCAGGAAGAGACUACUAUGUCAUUUUCUUGACAGAAUCAUGAGAUUUCCAAAGGCUCAUUCAAAUAUGUUUGCGCCGUGUUUGUGAAAUUGGAAAAUACCACAGACAGUGCAAAUGCGGUCAGUACAAAAGUCUUCAAGAAACAUCUCAAAGUGUCAUUGGCUGAAUUUUGGCUUUGUGAAUAAAUCAAUGAAAAAAAAAACCGUAAAAGCAAGUCCACGAAAAUUUCAAAAAUUAAAAACGGAUAGGUGGGUGGGCGGGGGUGGGGGUCAAGCCUCUUGCCUGUAGGUACCCGGCACUCGACCCUGGGCAGAACCCUGAUUAAUAGGCGUUUGACUGUAUCAUUUUUCAGAAAAACCCAUGGAUCUUGGCGUCAACGUUUAUUUCAACACUCUGUCUGGUUUAGACGAAGAAAAUAUGGUAAGUAUAACACAUUUACUACAUCAGCCAGAAUUAAAUGAAAGCGUUGUAUACAACAGGUUAUCUUGGUGUACAAGCUGGUGCACGAUUUUCAUUUCACUUCUCUCCACUGCGCAUAUUUUGAAAAAUUAAUUCUGUUUGUAAAUUAGAAGAAAUUUUACCUAGAAUUGCGUUCGUUUUCGACUUGAAAAGACCCUUGAAGCCGGUUUUCCACUAGCGAUUUUUUGGAGACUCUUACAUCUUCCUAUGUAUAUAUCUUGGAAAUAAUAUUAUUUAAUAAUAAAUUUAUAUUUCAUGUUUAGGGAUAGAACAGAUAAGACGUGCUGCUGUAUUUUGUAACCGUUGUAGUUUAGACAGAUGUACAUCUGUGACACCAAAUAGAAGACUGUUACAGUAGUCUAUCCUCGACAUUAUUAGUGCUUGUACCACAGACUUUCUAUCUUCAUAGCUUAAAAAACUUUCGAAUACGUCUAAUGUUAUGAAGAUGAUAUUCUACGGAUUGACAAGUCUUAUUUAUAUGAUGUGACAUAUUAAGGUUGUUAAACACCAAUGGAUGAGUUUGAUGCACAAGAAAAAUGUGUUUUAUAGUGUCCGGUGUACAAAAAAAGUUACAUUCCAUACUCAGUGGGCUACAGGAAUAUACCAUACAAAUGUUCGAAAAAUCUAGGAUCAUUUACGUGUGAGCUAUUACUGCAUGUACUCAAAAUAUCGUUAUAAAACAAUACUCUUUUCUACAGGAAUUCGACAUUGACUUUUAUCUUCGUCUAAUGUGGACAGACCCGCGACUCAAUUUCACGCACUUGACUAAUGCAACAAACACAGAUAAACAUAUCUUGGUCGAGCCCCCAGGCCAAGUGUGGGUACCUGAUGUGUUUAUGGAGAACAGUAAACAUGCUGAAUUUCACAUGGUCACAAAAAAGAACGAGAUGCUGCGAUUAUGGCCAAAUGGUUCACUCUUUUACAGCGUAAGGUAUGUUCUGCACAGGGUCGGUGCAUGUGAGGAAGAGUCAAAUUCGAAGACUUUUCAAGGACAUUCAAGGUCAUGUACCAGCAAAUUCAAGGACUAAAUACUGACGAACAGGGGUUAGAAAUCAGAUAUGAACAUGCAAAAUCAAUUCAACAAAAUGUCCGUUCUGACUGUCAACUUAAUUAUUCUACAGGAUAUAACGCCUGACGAUUUUACUCGUCCUGUAAAGGUACUUGGAAGAUAAUGGUUGCUAUACCUGUCAAUGUCUCUAAUUGUUAACCCAGUUAGCUGCAUGCUACUUACAUUUUUCAACUCUUCCAAAACACCAGACGAUCUGGCUUGCCAAAGAAGGGUAUUAGGUCUAAUGGUUAAACUACAUUGUCUUGUUUCAGAAUUACUGCGAAGGUCAGCUGCUUCAUGGUGCUGUAUCGUUUCCCAUUGGACGAACAAGAAUGUAGCGUACAAUUUAGUUCAUGUAAGUGAACUUGUGGUUAGAGCUUGACAACUGGCCUCUGUAAGUCCCUGCGUCGCCUGCCGCAAGUUAGAUUCCUGCCACAACUGACCUCUGUAAGUCCCUGCGUCGCCUGCCGCAAGUUAGAUUCCUGUCACAACUGACCUCUGUAAGUCCCUGCGUCGCCUGCCGCAAGUUAGAUUCCUGUCACAACUGACCUCUGUAAGUCCCUGCGUCGCCUACCGCAAGUUAGAUUCCUACCACAACUGACCUCUGUAAGUCCCUGCGUCGCCUGCCGCAAGUUAGAUUCCUACCACAACUGACCUCUGUAAGUCCCUGCGUCGCCUGCCGCAAGUUAGAUUCCUGCCACAACUGACCUCUGUAAGUCCCUGCGUCGCCUGCCGCAAGUUAGAUUCCUGCCACAACUGACCUCUGUAAGUCCCUGCGUCGCCUGCCGCAAGUUAGAUUCCUGCCACAACUGACCUCUGUAAGUCCCUGCGUCGCCUACCGCAAGUUAGAUUCCUGCCACAACUGACCUCUGUAAGUCCCUGCGUCGCCUGCCGCAAGUUAGAUUCCUGCCACAACUGACCUCUGUAAGUCCCUGCGUCGCCUGCCGCAAGUUAGAUUCCUGCCACAACUGACCUCUGUAAGUCCCUGCGUCGCCUGCCGCAAGUUAGAUUCCUGUCACAACUGACCUCUGUAAGUCCCUGCGUCGCCUGCCGCAAGUUAGAUUCCUGUCACAACUGACCUCUGUAAGUCCCUGCGUCGCCUGCCGCAAGUUAGAUUCCUGUCACAACUGACCUCUGUAAGUCCCUGCGUCGCCUGCCGCAAGUUAGAUUCCUGCCACAACUGACCUCUGUAAGUCCCUGCGUCGCAAACCCCCAAGUUCGAUUCCUGCGAGAGGGCCUAUAGUUGGGUCUAAUUAGGCCUGGUUAGGUCUACUAAAUGUAUAUAAAUUGACCAUUUGCGUAAUAGACUAAAUUUUGAACUAAACAAGUCUAGACAAAAAUUUCAUCACAGCUGGAAGGAGCAUCACAGAAUUAGUAAUAUUCCAAAGUUUCGUUGCAAAAUGUUGUAAAAUGCGGAAAAUAUAGCCUUGCGAAAUUUGUAAUUUUCAGUCAUUUUAGAUUGCAAACGGGAAAUUGACAGCACCAAACCCUUCGAGGCUGUCAAUUUCCAGUUUGUAAUCUAAAAUGACUGAAAAUUGCAAAUUUCGCAAGGCUAUAUUUUCCGCAUUUUACAACAUUUUGCAACGAAACUUUGGAAUAUUACUAAUUUUGUGAUGCUCUUUCACACUGUAAUGAAAUUUUUGUUGAGAUCAAAAUUUAGUCCAUUACGCAAAUGGUCAAUUUCCACUCGAUAAUUUCCAUCUACAAUAUCCUUUUCACUAUUAUUCAAUCGAGUGAGAUGCCAACCAAAUCUUGAGACUGUAAAUACCCUAUUAUCUAAAUCAUAGCCCAAAAGAAAGAAAGCCCAAACUUGUGCAUCCGAAUCAAACCACCAACAUUCACAAUUCACAGAAAUGUAUCUAUAUGACAGUUAAUACCAAAUUUCUCUGCAGAUAAAUACACAAGAGAGGACGUGGCUGUAAGCUGGAAAAAAUGGCUCGACGAUCCGUUGGUACAAAUCAGUCCAAACGUUAAGCUUGCUAGAUAUACCGUCACAGGAAUUGAAACACGAAAGGAUACUGUUAACUAUGGCAUAGGAGGUUAGUAAAUAAAUACAGCAGUUGAACCUCUCCUUAUGGACACUUGCCUAAUAGGGACAACUCUCUAAUACGAACAUCUCUAAUACAGACACCCCUCUAAUACGGACACCCCUCUAAUAUGAACAUCUCUCUAAUACGAACACCUCUCUAAUACAGACACCUCUCUAUAAAUACAGACAUCUCUCUAAUACAGGUAUCUCUCUAAUACACACAUCUAUCUAAUACAGACAUCUCUCUAAUACAGGCACCUCUCUAAUACAGACAUGUCUCUAAUACAGACACCUCUCUAAUACGAACAUCUCUCUAAUACGGACACCUCUAUAAUACGAACACCUCUCUAAUACAGACACCUCUCUAUAAACACAGGCAUCUCUCUAAUACACACAUCUAUCUAAUACAGAUAUCUCUCUAAUACAGACACCUCUCUAAUACGAACAUCUCUCUAAUACAGACACCUCUCUAAUACAGACAUGUCUCUAAUACAGACACCUCUCUAAUACGAACAUCUCUCUAAUACAGACACCUCUCUAAUACAGACAUCUCUUUAAUACAAACACCUCUCUAAUAUGGGCAUCUCUUUAAUACAGACACCUCUCUAAUACAGACAUCUCUUUAAUACACACACCUCUCUAAUACGGACAUCUCUCUAAUAGACACCUCUCUAAUACGAACAUCUCUCUAAUACAGACAUCUCUCCAACACGAACACUUUUCUAAUACGGACAUCUCUCGAAUACGAACACUUCUCCAAUACGGACACCCCCUUACAUCCUCUUGAUUCACAAGCUAUAUACAAUCGGGUCCAUGUUACUUAUCACUUAUCAUUGCUACUUAUUACUUAUCAUUUUAUUUUAUUUAAUUACUUAUCACUCACAAUCGGGUUCAUCUUACUUAUUACUUAUCAUUUUAGGUUACUAUGACUAUCUUGUGGUGGCAAUAAGAUUCCAGCGAGAUGUUGGUCACUAUAUUCUCCAACAAUACAUGCCAUGUUCAUAUAUAGUUCUGCUGAGUUGGGUUUGUUUCUGGAUUGAAGCAGAUUGUGUGGGGGAUAGAAUAUCCAUUGGAGUAACUCUGAUUCUAACUAUUGUAUUACUACAAGGAUCUCUCAAUACGAAUAUGCCGAAGGUAAACUAGAGUCUAGAUAAACCUUUUGGAAUGGAUUAGUCCAGCUAUAAACUAAAUUUUGAUCCAGACAAGAAGGACGAAAUCUAUCAUUAUAGCUUAAAAGAACAUCCUUAAAUUUGGUACCAAAAUGUUGUAAAAUACGGAAAUAUAGCCCUGUGAAAUUAGAAAAUUUUGAGUAUUUUAGUAUUACGCGCGGAAAAAUGCACCACUAUUGAGCCGAAAGUGGUACAUUUUUCCACGCAUAAUACUAAAAUACUCAAAAUAUGAUAAUUUCACAGGGCUAUAUGUUUCGUGUUUUACAACAUUUCGCAACCAAACCUUGCAAUUGUACCACUUUUAGGAUGCUCUUUUGAGCUAGAAUGAUAGAUUUCGUCUUUCUUGUCUAGAUCAAAAAUUAGUCCAUAGCUGAAAUGAUCCAUUUACCACCACGCCAGUGUGUGUAAAUUUGUAUAGCGUAAUACGCAUUUCUGACAAAGCCUUUUUAUUUCUUUGUGAAUUUUCCAGGUCUCAUACUCGAAGUACAUUGAUUUCUAUUUCAACUUCUGUCUUGCCUUUCUGAUGGGAUCAAUUAUCGAGUCACUGGUCGUUUAUAAAUUUUACAAACUGCAACAGAGUUCUGCUGUCAAAGUGCUGGAACCGAGAAUCAGUUCCCAGUCCCUUUUCCUUAUGCGCACACGUAAGGUAAAUAAUACUGCAGAUAUUUUGAACUUCUUACAGUCUAAGUAUGUAAACGGUAAAUUUUAUCUCAUUUAGCCUUCCGCACAGCAAAAUCAAUCUUAAAUAUAAAUUAGUUAUUAAAAAACAUUACAAAAUAUAAAGUUAAUUAACUCAUUAACCACAACGUCCAUGAAACUUGACAAGUAAAAUAAGUCUAGUAUUAGACUGAGCAAAAUAAUAGAGUUAUAGGGCUAUUUUGGUGUAAUGGGCCAACAAGAUAAAGGGCAGAUAGUCUUGUUAACUUUACGUGAGACUCUCCCCAUUAACAGGUUAAAUCGUUUGUUGUAAGACACUGUAAAAAAUAAGGUACGCCCCAUUGGGGAAUAUCGAUGUUAAAGGCUAAGUUAAUUUAACUGUUAUAGUCAAACCCAUCCCUUCUUGUAUAUAUACACAGGUACAGUAUGUAUGCCAAGAAAUUUUUAAAAAAUAUCAUCGCAGGAAAUUCUCUUACAUAUUGUGGUAAAUUUUUCUCAUUUUAUAUACUGGAAUGCUAUAUAAUGUACAAAUUGUUUACAAAAGAUUUUGCAAAUCGAGAUUGUCUUGUGCUGAGAUCACCAUUAAAGUUUAUUACAAUGUGAGGCACCAUACGUUCUCUGAAAUCUACAUAUGCAGGAAGUUUACAUUUGACAUACACAGGAAUUUUUCUCGGAUUUUGCUUCCAGGAAGAUAAAUAUAUUUUCUACGCCUGAAUAAAUACAUUACAGUACACUCAGAAUGCUGUGUCUAUUUUGUUGUCUAGGAAAAUUGGAAUUGGGGUUCAAUGGACGAAAGAAAGACUCCAGUUCAUCCGAGCGUCCGGUCCAUGGUGGGAACUGGGAUGAAAAGAGAUGACGAUAUGGCACAAAAGAUUGACAGG